AGGGCUCCGGGACAGGCCCCCCCCCCCGGGCCCGCGGCACGUCGCCGUGUGACGCCCAGGGGGGUCCGGUUGCGUUCGCCCCCCGAAGGAAACCGCGGCUGUUCGUUAUAACGCACCGGGCGCAGCGGAACCGGUUUGCGCCGGUGGCUCAGUGCCCCCCCCCGGGAGACCCGCAGCGUGCCGCUGCCCCCCGGCCCGGGGAGCUCCUGCUGGGGGAGGGGGGCGGGGGGGGCUAUGAGCGCAGCCCCUGCUGCCCCCGCCCCCCCGGGGAACGCAAAGGGGAAAUACCCGCGGGACAGCGCGGGGAGGGGGCGGUGUCGGAAUGGGGCGGGGAGGGGGGGGUCCCCGUUGUGUGCACACGCGCAGCUCCAUCGCACCCCCUCUGCACACCCCGUGCACAUCCCAGUGCGCACCCCCUACGCACCCUGUGCAAACCCCGUGCACGCCCCCCGUGCACGCGCCCCGUGCACCCCCCGUGCUGCCCGCGAGCAGCAGCGGUUGUUGCCCGUGUCCGCGCCCUUCGGGUGGGUGCAGCCAUGCUCGGGCUGCUGAGAGUGGGGGUUGCCAUGGAAACCAUAAAACUGCGGUGAUUUUGGGCCCUGGCUCCGAAAGCGGCACGGAUGGAGCGGGCGUCCCUCGUGGUGCUGGGGGACACUGCCCGCACGGCUCCGACCCGCACACACCUGGCCCUGCACACCCCUCCGUGCACACCCCUCCGUGCACUCUCCCCUGCAUACAGCCCUGUGCACGCCCACCCCUGCACGCCCACCCAUGCACACCCAUCCAUGCACUCCUCUCUGCACACACCCCUGUGCACGCCCAUCCGUGCACACCCCACUGUGCACAGGUGCCCACAGUGCCCGGCCGCGGACUCCGGAGUUUCUAUAGAAACCGAGAGGUGGAGAAGGCUGAAGCGCCUCUUCCAUCCAACAAAACCAAAGCACUCGUGCAUGUGAGUGCGUGCACUCGUGUGUGCACGUGUGCGUGUGCAGCCCGGGCAGCUGCAGGCAGAAGGGGGCUGGGGAUGUGCUCGGGGAUGCAGUCCUGAUGCAGGGGAGCAGGGCGACGAGGGGGGGGGGGGUGGUGCGGUGUGGGUGCCGGGGCCGUGUGCUGGAGGUCCCGGUUUGGCACUGAGCGGCCGCCCCGCGUGUCGUUCCCCCCCCUACCCCCCCCCCUCAGGGCGGAGCUGCUGCAACAUGCACAGGACCACCCGGAUAAAGAUCACCGAGCUGAACCCGCACCUGAUGUGCGCGCUGUGCGGGGGGUAUUUCAUCGACGCCGCCACCAUCGUGGAGUGCCUGCACUCCUUCUGCAAAACCUGCAUCGUGCGCUACCUGGAGGCCAAUAAGUACUGCCCCAUGUGCGACGCCCAGGUGCACAAAACCAGACCCCUCCUCAGCAUCAGGUCAGACAGAACGCUGCAGGACGUGGUGUACAAGCUCGUCCCGGGGCUGUUCACAGAUGAGAUGAAGCGUCGCCGCGAAUUCUACGCCGCGUACCCCGUGGCCGAGGGUGAGUGCUCGCCCAUGGCCCCCACCUUCCCCCCCUGCGCGGUCCCCA